AUGGCAUUUUAUACGGACAGUGACCCUAUCAUGUGUAGAGCUUUCUCAUUAUCACUUAAGGAAGAGGCAUUGGAAUGGUAUAAUACUCUUCCUCCCAACACAGUGGAUUGCUUCGCUACUGUGGAAGACCUCUUUAGGAGACAAUAUGCAUCCAAUCAGAAACAGGAGGUAACGCCUGUGGAUUUAAUAAAUACCAAACAAGAGAAAGGAGAAACUCUGAAGGCUUUUAUGAAGAGAUAUACGGAAACCACGCGACGAGUUAAAGAGGUUGAUCAAUCUUUUAUUAUUAAUAAUCUGCCUUCUUGUAUGAGACCAGGAUACUUUGCGGAAAAACUAUACGCACGACCGCCAAAAACGAUGGAGGAACUCCAAGAGCGAACGACCGAGUUCAUCCGUAUGGAGGAAAUGCUUUUGUCACAAAAGAAACGAAAGCAAGAGGGUGAUGCAAGUGGAAGUGGAAAGGACGGCAAACGACCGUUCGGGAGUAACGAUAAGAAUAGAGAGUUACACAGGCCAUCCAAGUUUCACCGUUAUACAACACUCAAUGCACCUAGGGCAAAAGUUCUUGAAGAAGCCUUUAGAGCGGAACUUAUCACACCUUUGAGGAAACCAUCCCCAAGAGAUGCAGAUGAAAGGAGAAGUUGUCGGUACCAUCAAAACCAUGGACAUAAUACAGAAGAGUGCAUUACAUUAAAAAACGAAAUAGAGAAUCUCAUCCGGGCGGGACAUUUACAAAGAUAUAUAAAAGGAGCAAGAUACGAUCUCCCUAAGGAUGGACAUUCGAGAAGGAGCCUCGAGCGGGCGAGCAGGAAAGACGAACGGAGACAAGGCUAUAGUCACAGUCCCAACCGUAGUCGGGAACAACCGCUUCGUGGAGUGAUCAACUGA